GUAUAAAAGUGCCACAGGCAUCACUCCAAGGCAUUAGUAUCUCUUGGUAUCACUAGUAAGUUCAGUUGGUGAGCAGCAGAAACAACAGAAACUAAAAAUGAAGGUGGUAAGCGUCACUUCAGCUGUUCUCCUGGCUCUGGCCCUUGCAUCGGCCGAACCCGAGCCCCAGCGGUUCCGCGCAGAUUCCUAUGGGCCUCCCGCAGAAGUAGAAGCGCCGUACGCACCGUCGGGAUGGCGUCCGUCCGGCCGUCAGUUCCUGCUACCAUUCCGACAGAACUUCUACGCUCCACCCGCAGCUUACGGACCACCAACAACCACCCAACAACCGACCACUACUGAGGAGCCCACAACGACUGAAGUACCGACCACAACCGAGCAAGACUCAUCUGCCGAGUUCGCUGACGGCAAUGGAGCCGAUCCUAGCCGGGCCUUCAGCGAGCGUGACGGCCAGAGCAGCGGUGCCUACCAUGUGCUGCUCCCUGACGGUCGUCUCCAACGAGUCACCUUCACGACGUCUCCCAAUCAGCCCAACGGCGCCUUACAGGCGUACGGUGCUCCAGCUCAAGGUUACGUAGCUCAGGUCCAAUAUCAAGACGUAGAACCCAUUCGGUCCCCAAUCUACACAUUCAGCGCACCCCUCAUUCGGAUAUUCAAGUAAAUUCAUCUCUCGCAACUCCACACAGCAUUUGCAAAUAAUUAUUGACCGUCAUCACACGGCACUGAGAGGAGACACUAAAUCUGGUUCUUUAGAAUUUGUAAGCAUUACAAUUAUGGAGCAGAAACCAUGCUAUGGAUGGUACUGAAUAUCACCGCACCUAUUACAACUUGUAAAAUACUAUUAUAAAAAUUCUGAUUGUGCCCGCGAUACAGUGACGAAAUAUAAUAUAAUAAAAAUCAAUUAUACUUCACUGAUGAUUUUGUAAUUAUACGAUUUUGAAAUUUCAAUUGGCUUUGAAAUAGUAUGCUCAGUGGUUUUUCAAACACAGGUACGCCACUUCAUGAAACUGGAUUAUAUUCCCGUGACCCAGAAAUAGAAGUGUCUCAGAAUUUUGUAGAUCCUUUUGUUUCUGCAACUUUCAUUUCAAUGCCAGUGAGAUUACACAGACUAGCAAUUUCUAUAAUUACGUUUCCUGACUGCCGGUUUGCUAAUAGACGAAAUACUGAUUCAAUUGCAUGCAUACAGGUAGAGAAACUAUGCCUUUUUUUGUUGGAUUAUGUCUUAAUUGGCAACACACACACCUGAAAACGCAUUCGACUUUACUAUGAAAGGUACAAAAAGUGAUGGUGGUUUAUGCUUACUUCUUUAAGCUGCAAGUAGCUAGGAGUUAAAAUUGUGCUGCAUUACAAUAGCGAAACCCUCUCACUCCUUGUGGCAUAAUAAUAUAUGUAAACGAUGAAAGAGUGAGCCACUGACGAUAUUUGUAAAUUGCCUAAUGGCAUAUACAUUAUCAUAUGAGGACACGCAUCUGUAAAUAUGUUAAUCGUUGGAUUUUGCCUUUGUUAUUGCUAACAUUUAACAUUUUAAACUCUGCCACUGUGUAGACAUUCUUUCUAUAUUUCCAUUAAGUUCAGAACGAGUUGUAUAAAUUAAUCCGCAAUGAAUACAAUGUGAAAUCAGUUUGUAGGAGCCGAACACCUCUCAACAUGCGUUAUCACUAAUAAUGAGCAAAUUGGAAUUUGUCGAGGUAAUUGAUUCUCUCAACAAAUUUGAGACAGCUAAUAUUUUAACCAGUUUGUGUAUAGAUUCAGACCAGAGGUUGUUUUUGGAAGCUCAGACCCUCUUGUAAAUAAGUUCAAAAUUAUAUAUGUAUAUUCUACAAUUAUGUAUGUAUAGAGUAUAUAUUGAAUGUUGGUCUCGAUAUAUGCACUGUCCAUUCCUCCAAACGCAGGUUAAAAUGUUACUUGUUUCCAUUCCUAACAUAAUUACAAGAUACGUUGUAUACGCAUUGCAAAUUAGCAUUAUAAGUCAUCCUGAAGUUGUACAGCAUUACUCACACUGCACAAUACAUUUUACUUUAUAUACCUAUUCCAGCAUAUACAUGGAAUAACUGCAAUAAAGAUUUAUGACGGAAUGAAUAA